AUGAGGACCAAACUUCGGGGUGCCAAGUCAGGAAGGGAGGAUUUAGUCUCUGGAGCAAAUGAAGAGACAUUCUUCUUCACAAUCAAGUGUUUCAGGGAGGAUUUUCCAGCAUGCAGCAGCAAAGUGGUCAACGUCCUCGUCAUGGGGAUGCUCAAGACCUUUGGGAUUUUCUUCGUGGCUUUCCAAGAGGAGGUGGGAGGCUCCUCUGAGCAAAUCAGCUGGAUCGGCUCCAUCAUGUCCUCUCUGCGCUUCUUAGGAGCCCCACUCGUGGCCAUGGUCUGCAGGAGGCUGGGCGAGCGGCCGACCUCCAUCAUCGGGGCAGGCUUGGUCGGAGGGGGUUGUCUGCUGAGCACACAGGCCACCAGCGUCCCCUUCCUCUGUGUCUCCAUGGGACUUCUCCCAGGUAUGGGGUUCGCUUGCCUUUACCAGGCGGCUGCGGUGAUGACGGCCAAGCGCUGCAGGACACGGUUGGCUUUCUCCAAUGCCAUCGCCCGCUCCGGGAUGGGGUUGACGUUUCUAAUAGCGCCGUUCACUCAACUCCUCAUUGAUUUUUAUGGUUGGCAAGGUACUCUCCUGAUUUUUGGAGGCAUCAUGUUAAACCUCGUGCCUUCCAGCAUGCUGCUGCGACCCAUCAGCACCCAACUGCCUCAACGCUCCUCUGCUAAAAAUCAAGACCAUGGGUCUUCAAUGGCAAAGGAAGAUCCAGAAACCCCUGAUGGAUGCUUAGAUGAAACCACUGACAGGGAAAAACAGCUUCGCAGUGGACAGGACCUUCCAACCACAGAGGGACUCAUGAUGUCCCAUGGCAGAGAUGUCUCCGGUUCCAUAAAUACAUCAGCUUUGAAAGGGCUUGAGAAACCCCCCAUGGACAGCUGCUCACCAGAAAUAGCCACCAAGGCCAAGAGAAGCUACAAAUCCCUUCCACUGACCGAAAAAGAAAAUUCACAGCCUCUCCUCGACUUCUCCCCACUGAAAGAUCCCAUCUUCUUCAUUUUCACCUGGUCUUUUUUGUUCAGCCACUUGGCCUACUUCGUGCCCAUCUUCCACCUGGUAGCAAGAGCCAGGACGUUGGGCAUCAGCAGCAUGGAUGCUUCUUACCUCAUCUCAGUGGCUG